UGGAAUUUGAAACCUGUUUCCCGGCGUCAAGCUACGAGAACACCCAAAGCGCGAAAGAAAAAGAAAAAAGAAAUAACGGAACUCCCCAACUGGACCAAGCUUGAUCUCUUCCCAUUCAUCUACAAUGCACCUCAAACACAGAUUCGUCGCACUCUCAACCGUGGUCGCCCCAUUUCUCUUCGGAACAGCCUUGAGCAGUGACUCCAGCACAAUCACAUGCGAAGCUGCGGCUAGAAGACUAGGACAGCCCUUGGACGGGUGGAAGAUCGUCAAAGUGAAAAAAACCGAUACCAAAACAAAAGAAAAAGUCAAACGGAAACGCGGUAAUCGCAAAGAAGUCUGCGUUCGACAGGUAGCGGACCUCGAGUGUGAACCUGGAGUUGAGAAAUUGUACUACCAUCCAGAAACUCGAAUUGCAAAUUGUUGCCACGAGAGCGGUUCUGUUACGUGGUACGAUGAAGAAGCUAAGCUCGGAUUCUGCUGCGCAGAAGGCCACCACUGGACUGGUAACAUUUCAUUGGGAGAAGGUGGUUGUUGCACUCUUGAUACAGAAAUGGUCGAUGGAGAGUGUCUAAGUAUCGACAGGCCUGAGAAGGCUAUGUCGAAGAAGGGUGGAUGUGGGUGUUCGGGAUCGACAACCGCCAAUCAAGAAGUAAACAAGUCAACCGAAACCAAAGAAGAGUCCGAGAAAGAGGAAGAGGAACUGGACUUGAACGCGCCUGAAGCGACUUUCAACAUCCACUACGGUUCAUGCUACGUCUUAACUCUCGUGGACGGUACACCCAUAGGAUCCAACCGGGAACACACCAUUUACACCGCGAAUGGACUCUUCCAAGAUAUUCCGUUUAAGGUGUGCCGAUCUACCGACGACUGCUCAGCAGCAGGAGGAGUGGGAGAUGUUGUUACGUCAAGGACUCCGUUUUAUCUCAAGGAUACGAUGGGAAGGUUCAACGACCACGAAGGUAAAAUGGGCUGGGUCGGUUAUACCGAGCGUAAGGAGCUCAAGAUGACGUUCAGCUGGGAUGAAGAUGAUGCUGAGGAGUUUUAUGCCACGAAAGGGAUCACAUGUGAUGAUAAAGAGUGUUUGAAGCUCUAUGGGUUACCGUUGGAAUUGGUGUUCAGUCAGACAGAGUGUUGGGGGGAGGAGUUCCUUGGUGAUAGAUAAUAGACAAGGGUAAUUUUAAGAACAAAAUUAUUAUUAAUUAUUGGUUAAAAUAGAAAAGGAGCAUACCUGAGC